AUGACUACUCGGAAACAGCAACCGCUGUGCCACACUGCGCUUCAAGAAAUGGACGAGACUACGACUCAGACGCAGAUUGAUCGGGCCGUAUUGCGCUGCACCACGCUAUUCGUGCAUGUUAUGCAGCUAGUGCUGGCGGUUGUGGUGCUGGGACUGGAUGCGUAUGGGGUGUGCUAUGUGGCCUACAAUAUACUCAUAUACUCCCUGAUAAUAUCUGUGUGCACGAUUCCUGUCUGCGGAUACCUCAUUAUAGCUCAGACCGUUCUGCGCAAACUAUACACGCCGUACACAGCUGGCGCUUACCAUGCAUGGAUGCUAAUGUUCUGGAUCACGGAUCUGGGACUGGCUUCUCAUCUUGCCACGAUGUGGAGUGGACACGGAUGCGCUGAGGACUUCCACGAUAGCUCGAUAUGCGUACCAUUCGAGAAGCGGGACCUUCAAGACGCUCGAACCAAAGUCUCCUACAGGUGGUACUACAUGAUGCUCAUUGCCGGCGUGGUCCUCACCGCCUGUGAACUAACUUUAUGGAUUGUCACAACGAGCCUCUUGGUAUUCGCAUGGUGGAAACGUCCAUCCACCGACACUGAAGCCUCGUCAGUAACAGCACCAUGGCCAGGACGAAGCCACACUAUCUCGCCCCACGUAAACAUACCAUUCGAAGGUACCAGCAGCGAAAAUACCAAUUACCCUGACGUAUUCCACAUCCCAGCGCCCAAUGCACCCUGGGAUCAACCACGUUCACAGCACCAAGAAGCUCGACAUCAAAUCAUCCCAGACGCGUCCACGGACGGAGGCUAUUCUACCCAGACUUCUCGAGAGAUUGAGCGCGAUCCGCUGGCAGGCCAUCUCUACGUACACUCAGGGAUGGCGCCCGAUAGGAGAUUGAUGAGGGCAAAGAGUCUCAACAGGUCGAUAUAUGGGCAACCUUCAAUGUAUCGAACAUCUGCGGAUGAGAGAUCAGGACCACCAAGCGAUACACAGCAGAUUGAUUGGUCGGAACGGUCGAGCCUAGGCAUGAUGAACCCGUCGUUGCGGUCGUCUAUGUCUACAGGUCGAAGAGUGCGACGCUUCACGAUGGGCGAAUGA